CUUGCUUCUAAAUGGCUAGCACCACUGAGAAGACCACUAAGCCAAAGUCUGGGGGUAAAGCCUCAGAGACUGGACCAAAAGGAUUUACCUUUGAUGAUAAGCCGGGAAGGCUCAUUGUCAGAAACCUGCAAUUUGACAUCAAGCAGAAACAUCUCAAACAGGCAUUUGCUAAAUUUGGUAAAAUCAUUGAUGUAAAUGUCCCACUGAAGAACGAAAAUGACAUGAACAGAGGCUUCGGCUUCGUCGAAUUCAAGACCAAAGAGGAAGGAGCAAAGGCUAUUCAAGGAAUGAAUGCCAAGACCUAUAAGGGAAGAAUCAUAGCAGUAGAUUUUGCCAAAUCUAAGAGACAAUACCAAAAGAAAAUUGAAGAAAUGGCACAGAAAAACCCUCUCAAAUCUAAGAAGCCAAAGAAGACUCAAGAGAAAGAAGAGCCUACUGAACAAGACAGCGAUGCUGACAGCUGGGUCGGAGGUGAAGAAUUCUUGGGCAAAAAGGGAAAACAGCAUCAAAAAGAUAAUAAAGAGGACAACAAAGAGGAGAAGAAGGAGAAGAAGGAAAAUAAGGAAAUGAGCCAAAAAGGUCAAAAUAAUCCUCAGAAAAGCCGCAAGAAGUAUGGUAAUGAUGUAACCGAAGGACUUACCCUCUUCGUCCGUAAUAUUGACUACUCCACUACUGAAUCUGAUCUCAGAGAGUGGUUUGAGCAACAUGGAGACAUUUAUUUUGUCAGAUUAGUCAAGAGUAAAGUAAACCCUACUUCUCACAAAGGGUCUGCCUUUGUCAAAUUCAAGGGCCAAGAUGUCGUAGACAGACUAGCUAAACUAUCUGAAGAUUACUGGGGUCAGGAGAAACACACUACCUCCAAAGAAAGACUCAGUGAUCUUGAGUCCCAACUCGAGUUCAGAGGGAGAAGACUUGUAAUGUUCAAAGCAGAAUCAAAGCAAGAUAGAGAAAAGAAAAUUGAAGAGAGCAAGGUCAAAGUAGAUAAAAGAAAUGUAGGGGGCUUCAAAGUCGGUCUCGUUGGAACUGCAGACUUCAUCCAUGGACCAGUCAGUGAUGAAGAUAUGGAGACCAGGGUCAGACUAUUCAGGGAAAAGCAGAAAGCUAUCAAGAAGAACCCUAACCUCUUUGUUUCUCAAACAAGAAUGUGAAUCAGAAAUUUACAUAAAAAGAUGGACGAAAAGGCUCUAGCUGAGUUCUGUGGUGGUUUCAGGGACGACUGGAAAGAGACCCUCACUCCAACAGAACUUAAAGAAGCCAAUAAAAUUAAGCUUAUUCAACAAUUCAAGGUUCUGAAGGACAAAAAGAAGACAGAUGCUGAUGGAAAAUCAAAGAUGACCGGAAUCGGUUUCAUUGAAGUAGCAGAUCCUCGUCUUGCAAUGUACUUAAUUAACAGCAUGAACAAUUUUGUGAUGAAUCCAAAGAAUCCAAGAGGACUUAUCGUUGAUUUUGCGCUAGAAGAUCACAGAAAAUUGCUCAAGAGAAAACAAAAACUCGAAAGUUUGAAAAAGAAGCAACAGGAGGCCAAAGCUGAAGAGGCUAAGGAAUCCGGUGAUAAAAAGAGAACCCGGAAAGAAAAAUCCAAGGAUAAACAAACCAUUGAUGUUAUCGAUGAUGUCGAAACACUCAGAAAGAUGAUGAAAGAGACAAACAGCAGAGGAAAAAGAAACAGAAUCAAGAAGAGGAUACAAAAAUUAACUGGAGAAACUCCAGAGCCUGCCGCAGUCCCAACAGAGAAAGCAGCUAAAGAGGAUAAAGUUGAAGAAAAGAAAGAUUCUGAUCAUGAAGAAUCUCCAAAUGAUACAGGUGCUGAUGGGGUACAACUCUCUGAAGAAACCAUGAAACUUCUCAGCAAGAAGCCUAAAACAAAAGACCAGCUGAUAGAAGAUGAGAUUAAAAAGGAAGUGAAAAAGAAUAAGAAGAAGAGAAAACAGAAGAGAAAAGCUGAAGAAGUUGAUGAUCUUAUGAAAUCCUUCGAAGAUAGAAUCAACAAGAGGCUGAAGACAAUAGAAGAUGCAGGUGAUGAUAAACCACCUAAAGAAGACAACAGCUUUGAUGAUGUUGAUAUUGAGGAAAAUUAGAAACUAAAAAUUAUAAUUUUCAACCCUGUCACA